AUGUCCAGACAACUCAUCUCUAGCGACAAAUUCCCCACCAAGCCUCACAACUGCCCGGCUGUCAAGGUCCCCGGUUUAGUCUUCUGUGCUGGCCAGACGGCGACCGGCGAGAUCAAGGCUGCCACCAGGAAGGUCUUGCAAAACCUCAAAGAAGUCCUCGAGCUGUCCGGAUCGUCCUUGGAGCAAGUCGUCAAGUACAACGUCUACCUAGCCGACAUGAAGGACUUUGCCGCUAUGAACGAGGUCUACAUCGAGUUCCUGCCCCAACCUAUGCCAGCGCGCUCGUGCCUGCAAGCCGUCGCUCCCGGCGAAGGCACCGUGAUCGAGAUCGAAUGUGUCGCCCAGGUGUAG